GCCGGAGCCGCAGCCGCCAUUAGACAAUAGGCGCCGGCGGCGGGAGCGGCGCGGGGCGAGCGGCGCGGCCGGGGCGGGGCGGCCGCGGGGCCGGGGCGGCCGGACCCGGCGCGGACAAAGGCGGCGGCGGCGCGGGGAGCCGCGGCGGGGGCGGGAGGCGGCACCGGGCCGCUCCGUGCGGGGACCGAGCCGCAACCUGACAUGAUGUUUCCACAAAGCCGGCACUCGGGCUCCUCUCACCUGCCUCAGCAGCUGAAGUUCACGACCUCCGACUCCUGCGACCGCAUCAAGGACGAGUUCCAGCUGCUGCAGGCCCAGUACCACAGCUUGAAGUUGGAAUGUGACAAACUAGCCAGCGAGAAAUCGGAGAUGCAGCGUCACUACGUCAUGUACUAUGAGAUGUCCUACGGGCUGAAUAUUGAAAUGCACAAACAGGCUGAAAUUGUCAAGAGGCUAAAUGGGAUUUGUGCACAGGUCCUGCCCUACCUUUCACAAGAGCAUCAGCAGCAAGUCUUGGGAGCCAUCGAACGGGCUAAGCAGGUCACGGCGCCAGAACUGAACUCCAUCAUCCGUCAGCUUCAAGCUCACCAGCUGUCGCAGCUCCAAGCCCUCGCUCUGCCUCUGACCCCGCUCCCCGUGGGGCUGCAGCCCCCAUCGCUCCCCGCCGUCAGCGCCGGCACCGGGCUCCUGUCGCUCUCGGCCCUGGGCUCGCAGGCUCACCUCUCCAAGGAGGACAAGAACGGCCACGACGGGGAUGCCCACCAAGAUGACGAUGGGGAGAAAUCGGAUUAGAGCGACCGGGGGGCCGGGGGAAGGGGGCUGU